CGCAGUUGCCCCUCCCGGUCGCCUGGUGGGGCUGCGGAUGGUCCUCCCCGGAUGGUCCCGGGCAAAGAUGGCGCCGUUCCCGGAGGAGGUGGACGUGUUCUCGGCGCCGCACUGGCGCAUGAAGAAGCUGGUGAACCUUUACUCCGAGAAGCUCUCAAACACCAACUUCUCGAACAGCCGGGACUUCCAGUCGUUGCUGACCUCUCUCUACGCCACCUUCACCGAGUUCAAGUCGCAUGAGCAGAUCGAGAACGAGUACAUCAUGGACGAGCUGCAGCACCGGCUCCGGGCCCUGUCUGUGUGCAACAGCUCUGUCUCCAACGUCCACUCGGACAACAAGCUGUCCGACAUGCUCAGCCUCUUCGAGAAGGGCCUCAAGAACUUCAAGCAGAAUGAAUACGAGCAGCUGAACUACAGCCGGCAACUGAAGGAGCGACUUGAUGCUUUCACCAAAGACUUCAUCCCGCACAUGAAGGAGGAGGAGGAGGUUUUCCAGCCCUUGCUGAUGGAGUAUUUCACCUAUGAGGAGCUGAAGGAUAUAAAGGUGAAGGUGAUAGCCCAGCACUGCACACACGGCCACGUUGACACGGUGGAGGUGCUGAAGGAGCUGCAGCUUUGGAGCCAGACUGAGGAGCUGCAGAAAGCCGACAAGAACAGUCCCAGCAGCAACAGGGCGGACAGAGAGUCGGAACCCGAGGCUAACAACACUCACGUCUCCCAGCUGCCCCCUGAGGUGCUCCUGAAAGUCCUCGGCUACCUGAACCCCCGUGAGCUGUGUCGCGCCCGCCAGGUCAACACUCGCUGGUCCAGGUUGGCAGGCAGCGGUGCCCUCUGGAGACAUCUGUACCCCAUCAGCUGGGUGAGAGGCAACUGGUACAGUGGGCCCCCAUCCAGUCUCAACUUGGGACCAGAUUAUCUCUGCGAAGAUGAGGAUGAGGAGGAGGAUUUGUCCCGGGAAUGGGAUGAGGAUGCAGACAUCGAUGAAUCUGAGGAAGCCGGGCCCGGGCUCUCGACGCUCAGCAAGACGCAGAGGGAGGCCCUGCUCCUGCCGGGCCUGAUCCACUAUCUGCUUCCGCAGGUCGGAGUGUCGGUCAAGACCCUGGUCUUGGCCUACAGCAGCAGCCUGUCCAGCCAGAUGGUCCGUCAGAUUCUCAACAGCUGCCCCAAACUGGAACAUCUGGACUUGACGCAGACAGCAGUGACAGACUCUGCCUUCAACAGGUGUGUGCUGGGGAGCUGCCGCAGCCUCCGUCACCUGGACCUGUCGGGAUGUGACCGGAUCACCGACUCGGCCCUGCACCACCUGUCCCGGGCCCUGGGGGACCUGGCCGAGGAGGACUGCCAGUCGGGAGGUUGGCGCAGCGAAUGUACCUGGGCCCCCCAUGGCUGCCACGUCUGCCCGCCCGAGGAUGGGGCAGGCCUGUGGACCCAGGGGGGAGCCGGCCGGGUCUGGCUGCUGCCUGAGGAAGAACUGCUGGACAUCGAGGAGGCCGGGGGGCUGAAAUUGCGGGGUCCGAGGUGGGCGGCCCCUCCGAGGAGCCCACCCUCCGGCGCCAUUGCUGCCCGCUGUAUCCGGGAUGCUCACUGCCAGCGAGCACAGGCCCCCUGCGGGCACACACUUUGCGCCGCAGACGCAAAGCUCAGGACUAAGCGGGCACCCCCGCCCCAGUGUAACAAGAUGGUUCGCACUCGAGGCUCCGAGGGCAGCUACUCCACUGGACGUUGGAGGGUCGGAGUUGACCCGGACUCACGUUCACUCCGCUUCCUCAGUCUCUCCGGCUGCUUCCAGAUCACAGACCACGGCCUCAGGGCCCUGAUGCUCCACGGUGGGCUCCCGUUUCUGGAGCACCUCGACCUCUCCGGCUGUCUCCUGAUUACCGGCCGAGGACUGCAGGAUCUGGUGUCCGUCUGCCCUGCCCUGAAGGAUGAGUACUUCUUCUACUGUGACAAUAUCAGUGGGCCUCACGCCAACACAGCCAGCGGCUGCCAGAACCUUCAGUGCUCCGUGCGAGCCUGCUGUCGCUCGGGGGAGUGACUCGCUCUCUCUCUUCCCUCCCCACGGAAGUACCCUCGACUCCGAAAGCUUGCUCUCUCUCUCUCUCUCUCUCCAGGCUUCGCAAUCAUGCACUUUAUAGCCAUCGUCUCGUAUCCGCCUCCGGUCUCCUUGGCGGAGAGUUCAGCAGGCAGAACCAAACGAUGCCCAGUCGAUUCUGACCUCGUGCCCCCUCCGGUCCAGCCCCGUCUCCUUGCAUCUUGCCGGGUCUAGUUCCGGCGGAGAGUCUCCCCCCAACCCCCUAGGGUGGGGAGGUUGUGGGGUCUCCCUUGUGUAUAACUCUCAGCGCAAAGCACCCUUCAUUUUGCGAAGGAAACCUCGCGAUACUGACUGGGGUUAUACAUCCUCCCACACCCCACCCCCCCCCCCCCCCCCCCCCCCUACCCUCACUGGUCUGUCACGUGAGUUUCACCCCUCUGAUUCCCAUCUGCUGGGGGGGGGGGAAAGCAUCCAUUCCAAACAGAGGUAGCGUCUGGGGCGGAAGGGACAGGGAGAGAGAGGCGACCCUCAGCUGCUUUCACAAGGGAGGGGUUCAAACGAGGGAUCUGCGAACCCGAAUUGUAGGGGCUGAGGUUGCUCCAAUCCCCAUUCUCUUUUCUGCCACCCCCCCACCCUCCCCCCCAAGUCCCCAGAUUUAAUGAGUUUGUUGUCUCUCCCUUACCUGACCUCCUGCUUACAACUCGAGAGUUGCUUCCCCAUCAGACACUAACAAAAUCUCGUCCUCUGCUGCACAACAAGAGGAUCCCACUUUCCCUCGAUUUUAUUCCCCCCUCUCGAAAUCCCCCCCCCCCCCCCC